AUGAAGGAAGAAGACCACAGUCAGAUACAACAUCUCCAUAUUCGUUCGAUUAUCCACGACGCAUUCAAAGUUUAUGAUACAGAUCUACGUUCAAUUUCCAAAAAGAUUCAUGAAUACCGUGAAACUGCUUACGAAGAAUUUCAGUCAUCUAAAUUACUAACAGAUUUUCUAGAAAACCAAGGUUUUAUUGUUGAACGUCACAUUGCUAAUCGUCCCACAGCAUUUGUUGCUACUUUUCAAAGUUCUAAUGGUAACGGCAGAACUGUCUCAUUUAAUUCUGAAUAUGAUGCACUUCCUGAAAUUGGUCAUGCAUGUGGACAUAAUCUGAUUUGUAUUACUGGUCUUGGCGCUGCUCUGGCCUUAAAAGCCUAUCUUACUAGCGAGAAGAAGACUGGUACAAUUAAAUUAUUUGGAACACCGGCAGAGGAGAGAGGUGGUGGAAAAACUGAUUUGAUCAAUGCAGGCUACUAUAAACAGGUUGAUAUGAAUCUAAUGUUACAUCCAGCUCCACGAGGUGGCGGUGCUUUCAUUCGCUAUCUUGCCAUAACUGGUUUUGAUGUUGAAUAUUUUGGUAAAGCAGUCCAUGCAGCUGCAUCACCAUGGGAAGGACGAAAUGCACUCGAUGCAUUAAUUUCGGCAUUUAAUUCCAUGAAUGCAUUACGUCAACAAUUGCAUCCAACGGCUCGUAUUCAUGGUAUUAUUGUGAAUGGUGGAACAACACCAAAUGUAAUUCCUGAUUAUACGAAAGGUACUUUUCUUAUUCGUGCAUUGAAUGUUGAUCUAUUGUUAACAGAUGUAAAACCACGUGUAAUGGCAUGUUUUGAAGCCGGAGCAAAAGCUACUGGAUGUGAAGUAAAAAUUACAGAAACAGGUUUACGUAAAGAUGUUAAAUUUAACCAAGUACUUGCUGAACGAUAUGAACAGUAUGCAAAAAUUCAAGGUUCUGAAAUACUAUCAAAAGAAGAACAAUCAAAAAUAGCAUUGGCUUCAACGGAUCAGGGAAAUGUGAGUUAUGAAGUACCAGCAAUUCAUGCUGAAUAUCGAAUUAAUCCUAACACUAAUAUGAACAAAGAAUCAACAAUAGGAUUUCAUACAAAAGAAUUUGAAGUAGUUGCUAUUACAGAAGAGGCUUAUCUAGAAACAAUUAAAGCUUCAGAAGCUAUGGCUGCCACUGCCAUUGACUUCUUAGAAGAUGAUUUAUUUGCAAAGAAUGUUAUUGAUGAGUUUAAAUGUAGUGUUGUGCAGUAA